AUGAAUACUUUCCUUCUCAUCGUAUUCUACGACUUUCUCUUCAGAUUUUACUCAAGAAGCUCUUCAGGCGUCGCGCUCCGAGGUCGAAUUCAACCGAAAAGCUCCAGUCUGGCGAAUUUGACUUUCCGCAACGACGACUUCUACACUGUUAUCUACCUUUUCACUGCUAUCUGUCCGAGCCUUGGUCGCCGUCAAUACGCGUCGGCAGCUGACGGUCUCAAUUGUCCACAUCCCCCACUGCAUCCACCUCAUCAACACUUGGAUCGCGGCCUAGAACACCUGGCCUUGUGCAUUCGUGCUCUGGACCAUCAGCUACAGCCGAACACUCUCUUGCCUUUCCGUCUGAGCUCCCCGCACCGUGCCUGGGCGCCCUGUGCCUCGUCUUCAGAGGAGGAAGAGGUCGUAAACAUGCCCAGUGUCUCUUCAUAUCCCCAGCUCCCCUCAACAGGGACGCCCUCGCCGACGGAGGAGUUUGUGCUCCCUGCUGCGAUCGGCGGCUCGCGCAAGGAAACCGCUUACAUGCGACUGAACAAUAAAGUGCGACAGAUUGAAGCAAAUGUUUCGGUUAGCAUGAGGUCAGUUUACUGA